GCGGCGGGGCCGGAACCCUCGGCGCGGGCGCGGUUUCCGCGGGCGGUGCGAGGCGCGGCCCCGCCAUGGCGGCGCAGGGGGAGGACCCGCUGGGCUAUUUCGCGGCCUACGGCAGCUCCAGCUCCGACUCGGAGCCCGACGAGCCCCAGCCCGACGAGCGCCCCGCGGGGGCCGGCGCGUCCGUGGGGGGCAGCCCGGGACGGCCGCGGCUGCCGCCGCCCGACGAGCUCUUCCGCCGGGUGUCGCAGCCGCCCGCCUUCCUCUACAAUCCGCUCAACAAGGAGAUCGACUGGGAGAGCCGCGUCCUGCGGGCGCCCGAGGAGCCCCCCAGGGAGUUCAAGGUGUGGAGGAGCAACGCCGUGCCCCCGCCGGAGACCUACAGCCCGCCCGAGAAGCCGCCGCCGCCGGCGCCCGCCGUCGACAUGGCCAUCAAGUGGUCCAACAUCUACGAGGACAACGGCGACGACGCUCCCCGGCCGGCCGGCAAGGCCAAGUUCCUGCCGGACGAGGAGCAGGAGCCCCUGGAAUCGGAUGGUGAAAAAGAUGAUGAACCAGCUUCUGCUAAGAAACGUAAAGUAGACUCUGGAGAGCAGGCGAAGAAGAAAAAGAAGAAGGUAUAAGCAGGGUGUGAUGGAUUUAGACAUAAUGAAAAUUUCAGUGAACUUGGAUUCCUCUGCUGGAAUGGGAAACAAAUACAUGUUUACUGAAUUUCUCUCUCCUGUUGGGUAGGGAAUUUUAUUUCUGUAGUAUGCUUGCCUUUUGGAAAGCACAAAAUUAAAUGGACAGUGUUGUGAUAGAAACUUGUUUACCAAACAAAAUUUAAACCUGUUUAUUUAAAAGGAGGAUUUAAAAGAGGGAUCCAUUGCUAUGGAUACUUGUGCUCAUGCAAGUUAGAGGGCUUCAUAAUAUUUUGUUUAUCAAGAAACCUGGUAACAUGAGUUUUUUCUGGACUGACUUUUCCAUUGUGUCAAAACCUUUUAUAAAGGAGUAUAUACUAAAGAUUUUUUUAGGUACUGUUCUGUGAUAUGUUUGCAUAUUGUUGUUUUUAAAUGUAUGUCUAGACUGCAAAUAGAUCACUGGAAUAAAACCACAUUUGAAAACAUCUGCAGUAUAAAUAUUGCAUUGCAUGCAUGGUGAAUAGGAGGGAUGAAUUCUAUACUAUAUGCCACUCAGGGAUGUAUGACUCAACAGAUUCCUUAGAGGUUUUUUUGUUUAAAUAAAUAUACAACUACAAUCUGAAAAAAAAAAUGGACCUAAUAAUGGAGUUCAGUAUUUUAUAAUUAUUUUGAUAUUAUGGGAUCUGCAUCAGUGAAUCAUGAGACUAACUGAUGCAGGAAGAAUUGAAGCAUUUAAUGUAUUCUUCCUGAAAUAGAAAAUAGAAUCUAGAUAUUUAUGUGGAUGAAAAUUAUAACAAAGCUGUGAUGGUUUUUAUUGCCAAAUUGUAUUUAUUUCAGUACAAACAGUUGGUAAUAUUCUAAAAGUGCUAGUCAAUGUAUGUUGCAUUUGUGACAUCCUGCUCCUUGGAGUUUUGAGUCUGUGUAUGAAAAGGUACCAGCUGGCACUGGAUUGAAGGAAGAGUUGCUCUAGGUUUCUUUUCAUAUGAAGAUUUUGUGCCUUAGGAAGUCUGCGGUGAGAUUAGGGCCUACUAAUAGAAGUUUAUGAAAUUAAAUUUUAAUGUAAA